AUGAAGGUAUUUCUCGAGCAGCUUGGUAUUCAGAUUAAGCCACCUGUUGCUCUUGUUAUUAGUCACUGCCAAACUGUCAGCACGCGAAAAAAUAUCGCAACUGACCAGUGCUCAACAGUAUUGAGGGUCAUGGGAAGUAUUUAUGAAUUUCUACAGGCAAACGCCAUUAACGAUCAAGAGGCCAGGAGGGUACUCAAAACCAUGCGUUUUAUCGCUGUUGAAGAAGGAAAAAAGUUCAUUCUGCCUAGACAAGCUGUCAUCGAGCUUUAUGAGCGUUUCGAGCUUAAACCGUUUCUUUACAGAAUUCCUGCUGUAUUCGGAAAGUUCCAGACUUUGUUUGAGUUUGUAGGCUGUUCAAAGACUGUAACCUGUAGAGAUUACGCUGUGGUAUUGGAGAUGAUGCAUGAGAAAUGCAAAGGUUCUAAACUGAACCCAAAUGAUCUUACAAAGUGUUCGAUGGCCGUCAGAGGAUUCUUCAGAACUUUGCAAGAUGACCCAGGAUCCGUACCAACUCUCUCCAAAUUGUACCUACCAGCAAUGCCUUCAGAAUUUUGCCUUUCGAACGAGCGCCUCAAGAUAACCACCAUUCCUGUUACUUUACGUUUAUCGACGGAGCUGUUGUUUGAUGAUGCCCCAACCUAUGGUUAUAGGAUAAAAGGUCUUGAGCAGCCAUUUGUACUAGAACUUAGUCUACUGAAAGUAAGUCGUAAAUCAGCCAUGAUUAACUUUACAGAUUUGAUGGUGAAAUUACCUCCAGAAGUACAGCCAAGGAUGUUAUCUAGUGUGGUAAAGGAAAAACUUUGCGAGCCCGAAAAAACGAAAAUUGUCGCAAACGGUGCUGUUAACACGAUGAAAGUAAAAAUAUCUUCCAUCCCCUUUGCUCGUGGAGUUGCAAGAAUUAUAAAACACGUUAACCAUCAGAGAAAAGAUUUUGACGUACGUGUCUUAAAAGGCAUUGAGGAAAGUCUUCGAAGCAUCGAGAUGUUUGCUGUGGAAGGUCUCAGGACCUCCCUUUUUCUUUAUGAAGUUCAGAUUCCAGAAAGUGAAGCUGAUGUGCCUUUCUUCGUAGACAAGCCGGAGCUGUCUGCAUUGGGGAAAAGUAAAGUUUACAUCGAUACGCUGUCUGGGGUGAAAGAUGCCGUUUCAAUCAUAUCGGACAUAAUUGGGGAAAUGUAUGGAGAAUUUCUUCAAAACAAGGCAAAUCUCAUUGGUGAGAUGCUCCGUUGCCCGCCUUCGGGUAUAUGGCCACUGUUGGACAGAAUAAAAGUUCGUAAAGAUGACAGCUACACCACAGCAGAUUUGGAUAUCUAUCCAGAGCCCGGUACAUGGAUUCCAACUGAAGACCACCAUCUGCUAAAAGACGCUUUUGAAGAAUUGGAACCCGGAGAGUACGUUGGUUAUCAGCUACACGACCCUAUUCUAGUCCUGCGGAAAGGCAUUCCAAAAUACAUUAACGCUAUAGUAGUUCAGGAGGUUACCAGUGAAGAUACUGUUAUCUUGAAAAAGGAAUACCAAAUCAACAUUGAACACGAAAAAGAACCAGUUGAGGUCAGUGCUACUAAGCUGUAUAAAUUCCACUGUUUGCGAGAGAUAUUUGAGGAGCAGGACGACGAUAUGGCAGAAAUGCUUAAAGAGAUCUCAGACUUCCUCCAGAUCGCAUGGGAAAUGCCUGAGGACGAGAAAACCCAAAUUGUCAAGCGUCUAUUCAUGCGUUGGUUACCAAGAGGGAAUACUAACAGCAAGGACUCGCUCAUGGUGGCUUUACAGCAUUUAAAGAAUGAAGUUUCUCGGCUCGGUGGCUGUAACGAUGACUUGUUUGUUUUAUUGGAAGAGCGUGCAAAACAACUUGAUUCACAGCGGGACAUUUAUCAAGAAGACUAUCUUGUUGACCAUGGACCGUGGCCACCUCCACCUGAUGAUAUUUCCUAUGAUAAUAUUCUCCCAAUUAUCCCUAGGAUAAACAGAAAAAAUCCUCAGCCAGAAGAGGCCAAGCGUUGGUUGAGACAAGCUGACGCUGACCUUGAGUCUUGCAGUAGAGAGAGAGCAUUCACGACUGACUCAUUUGAGUGGCUUUGCUUUAAAUGCCACCAGGUAAAUAGUAUAAAAUACAUUUAUUUAGAGCGGAAAAAAAAUGGAAACCUAUCGACGCGCAAAAAAUUGGGAAACGACGUCAGCGCACAUCCGCCUGUCCUCCAGUACACUCUUUGGGGGUAGGGGUAAAACAAACUUCAGUAGACUAAGGAAGGGAGUCCAAGACACUGACGUUGCGUUUCGUUUUGGUGCAAAAUUAACCAUUUGAUGGGCAACCAAGGGAGUUGCCCAAGUAAAAAUCUAGAUUGAAGUGUUCGAUUUACGACAAAAUUUUCAGAGAGAAAUUUCUAAGGCUGUACUUUUUGCUUGGCAACUCUUUUGGUCACACUACAGGAACAACCUAGUCUUCCCCCACUUUCACUCCCCCCAAACCCGGUCAAAAUUAUUCUGUUCUUGUUUUGCCGCCUAAAAAUGAAAUACAACUGCUGUGAAGUUUCUUUUCUGUUUUUCGAAGCAGAAUUUUUUAAUAUUUGUUUUUUUGUGGAAGAAAAUGUCGUACAGGUAUUCAUAGAUGGCUGCGUUUGUGACACUUUUUGGAGACUCUUAAGGCGAACUACAGGAAAAAUCUUUUAAACAUUUCAAAUUUUCAAUUAUUGGUGUUAUUCCACUGACGCCACAAAAUGAAAUAUUAUCAAGAUUCUUCUGUUAUUCUGUUUGUCUAUUUGGUUUUUGGGUUGAAGAAAGCUUCGCUACGGAUUUCAACGAAAGUGAAAGUUGAACAAGCAGGCUUUUCACAGCAGAUUACAGGAAAAUAUUCUGACACCUCUUACUCGCUUUCAGGAGCUGCAUCUGUUGUUUUUGUUGUUGUUGUUGUUUUCAUAAUGAGAACUACAGAUAAGUGUAAUUAAAAGAAAUUCAUUUAACUUGCUGAUCUUCAUUUCCCCGAACCGGCUUAAAUUAGUGUUCUGUAGCUAAGUGCAUAUUGUUCAACACUUGGUCGUAUGUUGAUAUAUUUCUGUUCCUAAAUUGCACUUUGUUAGAAUUGGUAGAAGACUUGUUUAGGGAUAAAGGGAUCUAGCUAAUAUUUGUUUUAGGCUUUGUUUUUUCUAUUGCUUGCAAUUAAAAUUGAAAUCGUGAAAUUUGUUUCGUUUAGUCCAAACUUAAAUUAUAGAAUUAUACAGAAUGGCCGUUUUAGCUCUGUACUUACGUCACAGAGCUAACCAUGGUAAACUGUUUUAGUAAACAGAUGACCACAAUUUGGUACUGUUGGUACUGA